AUGACUGAAGGCCGUUUUGAGACAAUUCACAAUCUCCGACCUAAAAAUUGGGAUGGUCGACGUCAUUGGACCAAUUGGCAUCACCUUUAUGAUUGUGAAAAGGAUCACUUGCAACGAGAAAGUUGUCCCUUUCAUGAUCUUCGUGCUGGUGGACAGUUUCAGUACGAAUACUGGGGAGCAGGAGAGUUUACAGCACCUAUCUUACCCACUCGUCUUAAUGAUCGCCCAGAUGGAGAUAGAAUGGACUUUGCAAAAGGACGUGGAACUCAAAUUGGUGGACUUGGAGAUAUUCCACUUGAUCUGGAGGCUGGAGGACCACCAAAAGGUCUCGCACGUCCUGUAAAGACUGCAGUAUUUACAAAGAAAAAUCCAUUAAAACGUGGUCUCUUUGGUGAGUAUCCAUAUAUGCCAGAUCCACUGGAAGAGAAAGCCGCCGUUCCUGGUGCUAAAGGUGCAGCUAGAGGUGUUGACGGUGGUAUGAGGGCAGGACGUGUGGAUGGUUUUGGUCAGGCUCCAGAGUGGAUAGCUGAUCCCUACAAUGAUAAGAUUGAUCGUGGUCGUAUUCACCACUUAAAGGCCGGUCCACUAACCCACAGACCUGAAGAUCGACCUCCGUGGAUGCCAGAAGGUGAACCUGAAAAACGUAAAAAACGACCUCAAGGAGCAUUUUAUGCAGGUAAGCCAUGUGGUAUUAUUAACGAUAUAGAGUGGAUUCCAGAUCCAUUGCUUGAGGGAGGUGUUAAAAAACAUGCAAGACCAUUCCGUACAUGGCACACCAGAACAAAAUGGUCUAUGCCAACGGAUGCACCCUGGACAACGGGUAAAAUUACAGCUGAACCUUUCCGUGGACCUAAUUUGAAUUUAACACAAUCUGGUGUACCGUCUUUAGAUACGUUCAAGAGGGUAAAUAUGACUCAAACUAUUGGAAAAGAAGCUGCUUUGUCAUCCAUAAGGGCACCGGAACGUGUGAAAUUUAAGUAA